AUGCGUCAGAGAUAUCAAGUGAAACAGCCACAACGCAGCCGUUCCUACGAAUCGGACGAUGAAGAGAGGGGUGCCUGCGAAUGGUGCGAAUACGCCCUGGUCAUCACCUUGGCUACGAUACUCCUGAUCGGAGUGUCCGCCCUGACCGUCUUCUGGGUGAUCUACUACCGGGAUAGCUAUGGCUGGGCCGAAACCGACCCAGAGAGACAAUUCAACCUCCACCCGACGCUCAUGGUCGCCGGGUUCAUUACCUUCAGUGGAUUUUCGCUGCUCCUGUACCGUAUCUGCCGAUGCUUCAGGCGGAUCUACGUGAAGUUGUUGCACGCGAUCUUCCACGCUCUGGCCUUCCCCUGCAUCGUGAUAGGGUUCCUCGCAGUCCUCGACUUCCAUAAUAAGAAGGGCAUCAACAACUUCUACUCGCUGCACAGCUGGAUUGGUUUCGUGGCUAUGGGCCUGUUUGGUAUACAGUACGCAGUUGGUUUCUUCAGCUUCCUGCUGCUGCUGAUGUGCAGCAAGGGAACAGCCUCGUUCCGUGCUUCACUGGUUCCAAUCCACGCAGCCUUUGGUAUCCUGACCUUCGUGCUCGGAGUCUGCGCUUGCCUCACCGGUCUAACUGAAAAAGCUCUAUUCACUCUUGGUGCGGAGAGGUACAGUGGGCUCCCGGACGAGGGCGUUAUUAUCAACGUUAUUGGCAUCACCACUGUGGCCAUUACAGCUGUCCUUAUGUAUAUCCUAUCGAGGGAUAAGUUCCGACCUCAAUUGCGCGAUAGGAGAAUCUCAGUCGACCUCUAA